AUGCCUCGUCAACGUCGUGGUGCCGCCCCUACCCCUGCGCGCAGCGCUCCCACCAGACCUACCGCCGCUCCCGCCAGACCUGCUGCUGCUCCCUCGGCCCAGCACUCCCAGCCUCACUCGACCGCUGCUCACCCCCAGUCGACUUCCCAGCAGGCCUAUCCUCACCCUCCCCCCCAGGCUGCCCCCGUCCAGCAGAGCGCCGGACCCGGCCUGUUCGGCCAGAUGGCCUCGACCGCUGCUGGUGUCGCAGUCGGCUCCUCCAUCGGCCACGCCAUCGGUGGUUUCUUCAGCGGCGGUUCCAGCGCCCCCGCCGAGGCCCAACAGGCAGCUCCCGCCGAGGCCCAGCCCAUGGACACCGGACUGUGGCAGAGCAACACCGCCAACAGCUCCUAUGGCAACCCUGCCUGCGAGACGGACGUUCGCAACUUCCGCCAGUGCAUGGACGAGAACCAGGGCAACCUCAGCAUUUGCGGAUGGUACCUGGACCAGCUUAACGCUGGUACAUGGUGGUUGUUACGGGUGCUAACUGGUAUUACAGAAAGCUUGCCAGGCCGCUGCUAA